AUGGGUGAAUAUGAUGAGGUUGUAGAUUUGCUGGACAGCGAUUUGGAAUAUUCUAUAAAUAGGAAAACACCUGAUAAAGAAAAUUGUUUUACUCAGUCAAGUUUCAAUGAUUCGCACUUAACUGGAAGAACUGGCGGCUUGAAUGCGAGGUCUUUCCUAUCUACGUUAAGCGAUGAUUCCUUAAUUGAAUAUGUGAAUCAACUGUCCCAAACCAAUAAGAGCAAUUCUAAUUUAACUGCAGGGACUCCAAGAUUUACUACUGAGCAUAUCAGCUGUGAUGAUUUACAUGCUGAUCUUAGCUGUAGCGAAGAUUCACCCAUAGCUCAUAGCGUUACCGAGAUCCAAGAAAGUGGUAGCAAUAAUGAAGAUGUUAACAAAAAUACUGUCUAUACUAGGGAGAAUUAUUUCCAGGACAAGGCGCAAGGACAAAGCCUGCAGGACCAAAUGUUAAGAGAUCAAUAUAAAGAUCAAAUUUCCAGUCAAAGCAGUAAAGUAUUCAAAAAUUGCGUCAUCUAUAUAAAUGGCUACACAAAACCUGGCAGAUUGCAACUACAUGAGAUGAUAGUUUUACAUGGCGGAAAGUUUUUACACUACUUGUCUUCAAAAAAAACGGUUACUCACAUAGUAGCUUCCAAUUUACCAUUAAAGAAAAGGAUUGAAUUUGCAAAUUACAAAGUAGUCAGUCCGGAUUGGAUAAUUGAUAGCAUCAAAGAAGCAAGAUUAGUGCCCUGGCAAAAUUACUCGUUGACGUCUAAACUUGAUGAGCAGCAAAAAAAACUAGAUAAUUGUAAAACCGUAAAUUCUAUUCCAUUGCCCUCAAAGACUACUCUGCAUAAAAGACCUACACAUGUUGGUUGGGCAUUGUUGCCAGUAGAACAGCCGUCACUAGCAGAUCUCAAUAAUUUGGAAUCGAAAAGAAUAGUUGCUUGUGAUGAUCCGAAUUUCCUUACUUCCUAUUUUGCCCAUUCGAGGUUACAUCAUCUCUCCGCAUGGAAAGCCAACCUAAAAGAUAAAUUUUUGAAUGAACACAUCAACAGGUACACCAAAAUUACGAAUAAGGACACCUAUACUAUCUUCCAUAUCGAUUUUGACUGUUUUUUCGCAACCGUUGCAUACCUAUGUAGAAGUGCUUGCUUCUCAUCAUGCGAUUUCAAAAGGGAUCCUAUAGUGGUAUGCCAUGGUACUAAAAACUCUGAUAUAGCUAGUUGCAAUUAUGUGGCAAGGUCAUAUGGGAUUAAAAAUGGAAUGUGGGUGUCUCAAGCAGAAAAGAUGUUGCCAAAUGGGAUCAAACUAACAUCGCUACCGUAUAAUUUUGAGCAAUUUCAGUUAAAAUCGGAAGCAUUUUACAGUACUCUCAAAGGAUUGAACAUAUUCAAUUUGAUUUUACCCAUAUCAAUUGAUGAAGCUGUUUGUGCAAGGGUAAUCUCUGAUGAUAUUCAUAAUACUAAAACCUUAAAUGCGAAGCUGUGUGAGGAAAUACGCCAAGAAGUUUUCCAAGGAACAGAUGGUUGUACGGUGAGUAUUGGAUGUUCCGAUUCUCUUGUAUUAGCAAGGCUAGCUCUCAAAGUGGCGAAACCAAAUGGUUACAAUAUCACGUUUAAGAGUGAUCUAUCGGAGAAAUUCUGGUGUAAUUUCAAAUUAGACGAUCUGCCUGGAGUUGGGCGUUCUAUUCUUUCAAGGUUAGAAUCAACAUUUCACAGUCCACAUUCUUUAAAUGAUUUGAGAAAAAGAUACACUUUAGAUACCUUGAAGGCGAGCGUCGGCUCCAAGUUAGGUAUGAAGAUACAUCUCGCAUUACAAGGCCAAGAUGAUGAAGAAAGCUUGAAAAUACUGUACGAUCCCAAAGAAGUCUUACAAAGGAAAUCAUUAUCAAUCGAUAUCAAUUGGGGAAUCAGGUUUGGAAAUAUCACCCAGGUAGACUUAUUCAUAGAAAGAGGUUGUCAGUAUCUUUUGAAAAAAUUGAAUGAAAUCAACAAAACAACGUCACAAAUCACAUUAAAACUGAUGAGAAGAUGUAAAGAUGCCCCUAUUGAACCUCCAAAAUAUAUGGGGAUGGGAAGGUGUGACUCAUUCAGUCGUAGCAGCAGAUUAGGCAUUCCGACAAACGAAUUUGGAAUUAUUGCUACCGAAAUGAAAAGUUUGUAUCGAACAUUAGGCUGCCCCCCAAAGGAAUUAAGAGGCCUUGCUCUACAAUUUAACAAAUUGGUUGAUGUGGGACCGGAUAAUAAUCAGCUGAAACUGAGGCUACCAUUUAAAACAAUAGUGACGAACAAAGCUUUCGAGAGCUUACCAGAUGAUGUAAAAAAUGACAUUAAUAACGAGUUCGAGAAAAGAAUUUAUAUGAGAAAAGAAUCUGGGUUGGACUCUAGCUUAUUGAGCUCUAAAAAGAAAGGAAUUACCAUUCCCAGACCAGAAGCACAUGAUUUGCCCAGCACUAUGGAAGAACAAUUUAUGAGUGAACUACCAACCCAGGUUCGAGCAGAAGUAAGGCAUGAUUUGAGAAUUCAGAAAAAAAUCCAACGGACGAAGUUAGGAAACCUACAAGAAAAGAUAAAAAGGAGAGAAGAGAGCUUACAAAACGAAAAAAUUCAUUUCAUGGGCCACAAUAGUAUUUUCAAGCCAAUCAAAUUUCAAAAUUUGACACGGUUCAAAAAGAUUUGUCAGUUGGUGAAACAAUGGGUUGCCGAAACUUUGGGUGAUGGGGGGCCACAUGAGAAAGAUGUUAAAUUAUUCGUGAAAUAUUUGAUCAAACUUUGUGAUUCUAAUAGAGUCCAUUUAGUUCUUCAUUUAUCGAACCUAAUAUCAAGGGAAUUGAAUCUUCGUGCCUCUUUAAAUCAGGAUCAUUCUGGCUUCCAAACGUGGGAAAGGAUCUUACUCAAUGAUAUAAUUCCACUUUUAAACAGAAAUAAACAUACUUACCAGACUGUGCGUAAACUUGACAUGGACUUUGAAGUUUGA